CGUUGGAGGGGAGGGGCGGCCGGGCCGCUGGGAGCUCCACCGACCACCGCUACGCUCUCGGUUCUCCGGCUCCCGCUCCCGCGCCGCCUGUUGCUCCCUCCCUGUGCCGCUUCCUGCCCGGUGCCCAGCGGUAGGCGGCCCGAGAGGGUGCCAUCGCGUGGGCAGCCCUCUUCCUCCCCCACCCCGCGCCUGAGCGUCCCGGAGAGCGCGAACAGAGCCAGCCUCCCGGUGCACCCCGGACCGCGCGCCAAGACCCCGGGCGCAGCACCGCGAUGAACGCGACUUUCCUGAACCACACCAGCUUGGAUGAGGUGGGCGGAGUGGGCAGCGGCGCCGGGGCGGCCCUGGGGAACCGCAGUCACGGGCUGGGCACGUGGCUAGACUGCUGCUCCGGGGGCGCGCCGCUGGCCGCCAGCGACGGGGUCCCGGCGGGACUGGCUCCAGACGAACGCAGCCUGUGGGUGUCGCGCGUGGCGCAGAUCGCCGUGGUAUGCGUGCUGUCCCUCACCGUGGUCUUCGGCGUUUUCUUCCUGGGCUGCAACCUGCUCAUCAAGUCCGAAGGCAUGAUCAACUUUCUGGUGCAAGAGCGGCGGCCCUCCAAGGACGUGGGCGCCGCCAUCCUGGGGCUGUAUUGAGCACCACGCCUGCCGCCUUCGACAGAGCUGCUGCGAAAAGGGAGACCGGGACCCCCGUCCCCCUCUCCGCUCGGCCGCCGCCGCAGCGCCGGGACAGCAACAUGCCUCCGGGCACCAGUGCCUGGACACCGCGGGACUCGCGGCGGCGGCGCGGAAAGGGACUUCCACGCUCUGCACGGUCCUGUGCGCUUCAGCGGGGGGAUAAGGUUUCUUAACAGACUUUUUUUUUUUUUUUUAAGAAGUUCGGGGCUGGGUGGACUUGAAUGUGGGAUGCAUUGUGGGGCUGAGGUCGCUCGCGUGGGAGUUUUGUGCGUGUUAAUGGGGGACAGGACACGGGCGGCGCAGGGGAGAGGUUGAAGAAUGGGAGUCUCCGAGCUUGUUGGUCUGAUUUUGCAUUUGAAAAGAAAUUUUUGUAAUAAAACCCCAGCCGUCGUA